AUGGCAGCGUCCAUGAUAAUUCGACGAAUAAUUGCAAAUAAUAUUGAUACAUUAUUACCAAAAUCACCAAUUUUGUGUCAGUUACAACAAGUUAGAACAACUUUAUCAUGGACUCCGUCAAAAAAACCAAAACCAGGUAUUAAAGGAAAAUCUUAUCGAAGAUUCAUUCAUUGGGAAGAUGAGUACACAAUCAAACCUCUUCAGGUUACAAAUCUUGCUGGAAGAGAUCCUAUCACCGGUCGAAAAGUAUGUAUCGGAAUUGGUGGAGGAAUAAAACACAAAUAUCAUUGGAUUAAAUGGAAAAGAACUGGGCCAACCGAUCCAGAAGCCGCUCCAAAAGAAGAAAAAGUUCUUGAGGUUUUUAUCGAUGGCUGUAGAACUGCACAUGUGGCUUUAGUAGGUAGUGGUACUGAAUUAAAAUAUAUAUUAGCCACGGAAAAUAUGAAACCUGGUCAGAUUAUCAAAACAUUGUGUGCGAUUCCUCGAAUGGCUGUAAGAGCUUAUGAGGGAGACGCUUAUCCAUUGGGAGCUUUACCUAUUGGUACUAUAGUGCACUGUGUUGAAAAAUAUCCAAGAUUCGGUGGAUGUUUGAUUCAUGCUGCUGGAACAUUUGGAACAAUUCUUCGUAAAGAUGGUCUUGAUCGUGUUAUUGUUGAAAUGCCCAGUAAAAAACUGUUCAGUCUACAUGAAACUUGCAUGGCAACUGUUGGACGGUUGUCUAAUAUAGAUCAUAUUAAUACUCCUAUUGGAAGUGCUCAGAAAAAUCGAGAACUUGGUAACCGCCCACGAAGUGGUCUCUGGCAUAGAAAAGAUGGACGAUUUGGUAGAAAAAUAAGAGCUAUACCACCACCAAUUAAAUAUGACUGGGGUCGAUCACCAAAUUUAGAACUUUACGUUGUCACUCAUCCUAAAUACAAUACAAAUGCAGAUGCUGAACGGAAACCUACUGUGCCCAUAUUCGAUCAACCGUUCCAUGAUUAUUAGAUUUUUUUUUUAAAAGUAAAAUAAUCUAUGUAUCAGUUAAAUAAAAAAUCCUGACUAAUUUAA